AUGGAUGACGGUGGCAAAAAUGGGAAUGGCCAGGCCAGCGAGGAUGAUUUUGGGAUCUACAAGAACUGCUGGCUGUCGCUAUCACUGUGUUACUUAUUUGGGGGACUCAACGGAACGUUCGUGACAAGGAACGCCAGGCCCAAUAUUGUCCUCUUAAUGGCAGACGACCUUGGGGUCGGGGACUUAUGCAGCUACGGUAACAACACCGUGAGCACACCCAACAUCGACCGCCUGGCGAGUGAGGGAGUAAGGCUCACCCAGCACCUGGCAGCUGCCUCUGUAGGCACCCCAAGUCGGGCUGCCUUCCUAACUGGUCGGUACCCCAUCCGGUCAGGAAUGGCGUCUCCCUCCAACCUGAACCGUGACCUGCCCUGGCUUGGAAGCUCAGGUGGUCUUCCCGCCAACGAGACGACAUUUGCCAAGCUGCUGCAGCAUCGGGGUUACCGUACAGGACUGAUAGGAAAAUGGCACCAAGGUCUGAGCUGUGCGUCCCGGGACGACCACUGCUACCACCCCCUGAACCACGGGUUCAACUAUUUCUACGGCUUGCCCUUGGGUCUCCUGAGUGACUGCACAGCAUCUGAGACGCCAGAACUGCACAGGCGCCUCAGGGUCCAGCUCUGGGUGGCCACAGCAGCCAUCGGCCUCGUACCUCUUCUCCUCCUUGUCCCCAAGCUUGCUCAUUGGCUCGCAAUUCCCUGGAAGGUCAUCGCGAUCUUCACUGUCCUCGCCCUCCUCUUUUUUGCAUCCUGGUACUCCAGCUAUGGCUUCACUCGGCGUUGGAACUGCGUCCUGAUGAGAAACCACGAAAUCCUCCAGCAGCCGAUGAGAGAAGACAGAGUGUCAACAUUCAUGCUGAAAGAAGCCCUGAGCUUCAUCAACAGGUAUAAACAUGGACCUUUUCUCCUGUUCGUUUCCUUUCUACAUGUCCACACACCACUGACCACCCGAGAGAAGUUUGUGGGGCACAGUAAAUAUGGACGCUACGGCGAUAACAUCGAAGAAAUGGAUUGGAUGGUGGGUAAGAUCCUGGAGGCCCUGGACCAGGAGCGUCUGGCCAACCACACGCUGGUGUACUUCACCUCGGACAACGGGGGUCACCUGGAGGCGCAGGCCAGCGGGGCCCAGCUGGGCGGCUGGAACGGGCUCUACAAAGGUGGCAAAGGGAUGGGCGGAUGGGAAGGGGGCAUCCGUGUCCCAGGAAUAUUCCGGUGGCCGGCAGUCCUGGAGGCUGGGAAGGUGAUCGACGAACCCACGAGUCAAAUGGACAUUUACCCAACCCUGGCUUAUGUCGCUGGAGGAAUAUUGCCCCAGGACAGAGUGAUCGAUGGCCGGAACCUGAUACCUCUGUUGGAAGGACGGGUCUACCACUCGGACCAUGAAUUUCUCUUCCACUACUGUGGGUGCUACCUGCACAGCGUGAGGUGGCAUCAGAAGGACUGUGCAACUGUGUGGAAGGUUCAUUAUGUGACCCCCAAGUUCUCCCCAGAGGGCGCUGGGGCCUGCUACGGAAGUGCAAUGUGUUCCUGCAGCACCGAUGUGACCUACCAUGACCCUCCACUGCUCUUUGACAUUUCAAGGGACCCUUCUGAAGCCCGACCUGUCAGCCCUGGCAAUGAAGCGUUAUUCGACUCAGUGGUCCAGAAAGUCGAGGCAGCCAUACAAGACCAUCGUCAGACGCUCACACCCGCCCCACUGCAGCUGUCCAUGUUCAACACCAUUUGGAAGCCGUGGCUGCAGCCCUGCUGUGGGACGUUCCCCUUUUGUGGCUGUGACAAAGAAGAUGACAUUAUACCCAAUGCUUGA